AUCGCCAUGGCCCCGACACUGCUUGUCCUGCUCUUUUGGGCCUUGUCCAUCAAAGAUCUGACUGUCCAGGCUAAUGAUACCUGCCCAGAGACGAAGGUGGUGGGUUUGGAGAGCUCCAACCAGCUCACCAUUCUGAGAGGCUGUCCUGGGCUGCCAGGGCCCCCAGGACCCAAAGGAGAGGCGGGAGCCAGGGGAGAGAGAGGAGAACAAGGUCUCCCAGGACCACCUGGGAAGGAAGGACCACCUGGGAAGGAAGGACCACCUGGGAAGGAAGGACCACCAGGGCCUAAAGGAGACCCAGGAGAGAAGGGCCCUCGUGGAGAGAAAGGUGACCCCGAGUCAUCUGAGACAUGUGCCACAGGACCUCGGAACUGCAAGGAACUGCUCACACACAAUGACCUCCUGACGGGCUGGCACACCAUCUACCUGCCCGACUGCCGGCCGUUGUCUGUGCUCUGUGACAUGGACACAGAAGGUGGAGGCUGGACUGUCUUCCAGCGCAGGGUGGAUGGCUCUGUGGACUUCUAUCGAGACUGGGCUGCUUACAAGCAGGGCUUCGGCAGUCAGCUGGGGGAGUUCUGGCUGGGAAAUGACAACAUCCAGGCUCUGACGUCCCAGGGAACCAGCGAGCUCCGCGUGGACCUUGUGGACUUUGAGGGCAAGAGAGUCUAUGCCACCUACAGCUCCUUCCAGAUGCUGGGGGAGGCAGACAAGUACAAGCUGGUCCUGGGGGACUUCAAGGGGGGCAGUGCCGGUGAUUCCUUGACAUCUCACAACAACCAGCCCUUCACCACCAAAGACCAGGACAACGACAUGAGCACUUCUAACUGUGCGGUGGUGUACCAAGGGGCCUGGUGGUACGCUGGGUGCCACGUGUCAAACCUGAACGGCCUGUACCUUCAGGGUUCCCAUUCCAGCUUUGCAAACGGCAUCAACUGGAACUCAGGGAAAGGAUACUAUUACAGCUACAAGGUGUCAGAGAUGAAGGUGCGGCUCACUUAGCUCUCCGCACCCAACGGGGACAUCCACCAGAAAUCCACUUCUGCAUCCCAAGCCCUUGGUCUGUGUCUCUGGAUAAGAAAGGGACCUGGCUGCCUGCUGCUACUGCCCUUCGCCCCCACCCCCUCCACCCCCCUGCCUGG